CAUGAUAAAAGUUGUAAAAUAUUCGCAAUAAAUAAUUUUAAUCAUGACGAAAUAUCGCUUAGUAUUGCACUAUAAAACACCGAUAAAUUCUUUUUUUAAGAAAUAUAUCAGAAGAAUUUUAUUAUUUUUUGUAGUCUUGUGUGUUGUUUAUGCAAUUCGCACUCAAAUAAAAAUAUCAAAACUAUCAUAUUUGAAAGAGAUCACGGUUUCAAGAGCAUUAGAGUUAAUAACAGAAGUUAAAACUCUUCCUUACUCCGAAGAAUCAGACGAUUCAUGGAAAGUAGUAGACAUAAAAGACUCGAGAAUUUAUUCAGCGUACUUGGAAACGAGAAGUCAAGUAGUGCUUGAAGAAAAUCAAAAUUUAAUCUAUAAUGAUUCUGCAUGGGCUUUUAUACGCAUUAUUGCCAUAAUACCAGUUGACUUUCAAUACAUUCCACUCACUUGUUACUACAAAUAUACUAGUUCCCAAAAAUCAGCCAAAAGUCUUAUAUUUGAAAAACCAUUUAUUCGAACACAACUAAUAGCAUACAAAGAAAAUUUCAAUAUGUAUUACUCAGCUGCUUUUAUACUGUGUCCUUUGCCAUACCCAGAAGAAAUAAAUUCACAAGGUAUUAAAUUGCCGUAUAAAAUAACUGUAUCAACAAGAUCUGAUCGAUCAGCUAAUAAUAUUAAUCGUGAUAAAUUCGUUGGAAUACGAUAUCCAAAUAAAUGGUAUACCACUGAUAUAAAUAUAAAUAUCAACUCGCAUCAGUACAAAGAUAAAGAUCGUAAAACAUUUUCCGUAUGUGUAAAACCUUUUCAUCACAAUUUCGACAAAGCCAUUGACCUGAUAACGUUUAUUGAAUUCUAUAAAAUGAUGGGGGUUAAUUACUUAACAUUUUAUCGCGAUUCAGUAUCUGAAAAUGUCGAUAAAAUUCUGAAUUACUAUAUAAAGGAAAAAAUCGUGUCAGUACUAAAAUGGAAGCUACCGGAAAUAUAUAUUUUUCAAAGAACACUAAGAACGGAUGGUAUUUUCGCGGCAUUAAAUGAUUGUCUAUAUCGAAACACGUUCCAUGAAGGUGUUAAGUAUAUUGUAGGUGUCGAUAUAGACGAGUACAUCGUGCCAAGAAUACAUGAAAAUUACAUGGUGAUGAUGGAACACUUGAACUCGGUUAAAAGUGAUGAAGUUGGAGGUUGGAUCUUUAGAAAUGUCUUUUACUACUUGAUGUAUGACGAUGAUUUAGUUACUCUACCACCAGGAUCUCCAAAGUUGAAUUUACAUUACAAAACUAGAAGAUGGAAAGAAAUAAAUCCUGUUUACGAUCGUAGCAAGUACAUAGUUCAAGGUGAAAAUGUAAUAGAACUUGGUAAUCAUAGAGUGUGGAAAACUAAAAGAACAUGGUCAAUAUUUGGAACAAGGUACAAAGAAGUCGAAGUAGAUCCUAAAGUAGGUACUUCAAAUCACUAUAGAUUUUGUGAAACUUCAAUUGAGAAUUGUUGGAAACGAGAGAGCAUUGUAGAUAAAACAACUCACAGAUUUACCAAAGAGCUUAGCAAUAGAGUUUCUAAAGUAUUAAAAGAUCUAAAUCUAUAAAAAAUUGAGAAAUUUUAUAGGGAGUAAAGUCAAUCUAAUAAUUUAAUGUUGAACUACAUACACAUGUAAACUUCACUAUAGUAUACAAUUUGGAAAAAACGGUGUAAGCCCACAUCAUCUGUCACGCAAAAAAUGGUGUUAAAAAUACAUCAGUGGCGGUUAAAAUUUUUCCUGGUCUUGAAAAACAAGUGGUUCUAUUUUUGAAGUUGAUCGGCCCAAAUUGCGGCCAAUUCAAAAUUUUAAAUAUUUUUUAAACUUCCCGCUAAGAAAAUCGAUGAUUUUCAAAAAAUUCGGGAAAAAUACUUGAAUUAUUUUAUUGAGAACUGGAGAAAGUUAUUAUUCAGGUAAAAUGGACCAUCUUUGUUAAAAAUUUUUUUUUUAAUGAUAAAUUUUUAAUUGGCUGCGGUCCAAGCUAAUCAACUUACUCCAUCCUUUUGUUUUCCAUCGAAUUUCCCUAUACUAUUUGUAUCACAAAAAUUAACAUAAUUCUCUUGUGUAAAAUAAACUAAUUAAUUACUGCGAA